CAGGGGACAACAGCCAUGCUCCAAACAACUUGGCCUCAGGAGUCAGUGGCCUUCGAGGAUGUGGCUGUGUACUUCACCCAGAAUCAGUGGGCAAGUCUGGACUCUGUGCAGAGGGCCCUGUACAGGGAGGUGAUGCUGGAGAAUUAUGUGAAUGUAGCUUCCCUGGUAGGGUUUCCAUUUCUCAAACCCAUUCUAAUCUCCCAGCUUGAGAAAGGGGAAGCACCAUGGGGCUCAGAUCCCUGGGACACAGAGGUUCUGAAAGGCAUCAUUGCAGAUGGUGAGUCCUGGAUCAUGAAUGAAGAGCCAAUUGUAAAGGAGGAGGCUUCUGAAGAAAUAGAGUUGCACAGAGCGCCAGUAGGAGGACUUUGCAGAAAUAGUUCUCAGUACUUUGAUUUUAAAAGCAAGGCAGUGCGGCAGACUUUUAGUCUAAAUCCAAAUCUGAUACUUCGAGGUGGAAUGAAGUUCUAUGAAUGUAAAGAAUGUGGGAAAAUCUUCAGAUAUAACUCAAAACUUAUCCGGCAUCAGAUGAGUCAUACUGGAGAAAGGUCCUUUAAAUGUAAGGAAUGUGGCAAAGCUUUUAAGUCCAGCUAUGACUGUAUUGUACAUGAGAAAAACCACAUUGGAGAAGGGCCCUAUGAAUGUAAGGAGUGUGGCAAAGGUUUGAGUUCCAACACAGCCUUAACUCAACAUCAGAGGAUCCACACCGGAGAGAAGCCCUACGAAUGUAAGGAGUGUGGAAAGGCUUUCCGUAGGAGUGCAGCAUACCUUCAGCAUCAGAGAUUGCACACAGGGGAGAAACUCUAUAAAUGUAAGGAAUGCUGGAAGGCUUUUGGUUGUAGGUCCCUUUUUAUUGUCCAUCAGAGAAUACAUACUGGAGAGAAACCUUACCAAUGUAAGGAGUGUGGCAAAGCCUUCACUCAGAAAAUAGCCUCCUUACAGCACCAGAGAGUUCACACUGGGGAGAAGCCUUAUGAAUGUAAGGUGUGUGGGAAAGCCUUCAAAUGGUAUGGAAGUUUUGUUCAGCAUCAGAAAUUACAUCCUGUGGAGAAGAAGCCCAUCAAGGUUCUUGGGCCCCCUGUGGUCGGUCCCCAGUGCCCCUCUCUGGCCUUAUCUCCUAUUCCUCUCCAGGGGUCAUGCUCUGCUCCAGCUGUGGCUGUGCCUUCACUCACCUUUCCACAUGCUGUGCUCAUUCCUACCUCUGGGCCUUUGUUCAUGCUGCUGCCCACAUCUGGAAUACCUUCUUCACCCACCCAAAUAGUACAUGUCUUCCAGAGUCUUACUCCCACUGUGAAGCCUUCCUCUAUUAUUCUGACCCCUUCUUUUCACCCCACAUGAGCUUUAUCUCGG